AUGGGCUAUGCUAUGACUUUCUAUGAAAAUUUUUCGGAAUUUUUAGCAGCAGCCAAGGAACUAUAUGCUUCUAAUCCCACUAAGACACGCUACAGUAUUAAGUUAAAGAAAGGAGACCCUGAGACAAUAGUUAAGGUUACAAAUGAUUUGCAGUGCCAUAAAAUACGUAUUAAUAGAGAUAGUCAUUCGAGAAGAUUGGAUCAAUUAUCUGAACUUUUCAUGAAUUGGGCCACUAUAGAUAUUGUAGAUAUAGAAUCUUUGCCAUUAAAAAUUGAGCCCGCUAAAAAAUCUGCUAAAGUUUGGAACAAAAAGAAAUAA